AUGACUCAAAUUGUUAGCGAUGGAGGAUUUCUUGGAAAAGGAACUACGUUAGCGUGGUUUUCAGCAAUAAAUGCUGGGCUUGUUAGUGCUCUCUCUUGGAUAUUAGUGAUGAAUGCUAUUGUAGGUUUUCAAUUAGUCGAUGACGGAUCCAUAAUAUCAAUGGGUGGAAUACUGCUUGGUGGUAUUCUGAUAUUUUUCGGAGUCGGAUACAUAGCAUUAGAUACGGCAUUCAACAUCUCAGGACACUUUACAUCCCAACCAUCAGCACAAAUGAAAAAUGUCGCCCUCUACAUAACGUAUAUAAUAUUCCCGCUAUUUGCAGUGGUGGCAUAUGUUAUUUUAGAGACGAUUUUGGUAAUUGUGGCCUUAGGUGAUAAGCAAUCUUUAGGCAUCCCACAUCUCUGUGAAGCCAGCUCGCAAAUAAUUGAUGGAUCAUUGUUUUGCACGCUUUUUGUCUUUCUCGCAGUAUUUCUACUGUAUAAGUAUUGGUCAAGUAUUACCGAGGAUGUAUGGGAAGAAUACGAUUACUUCAAUCCCGAAACACUACUAGCAGAUAUAUUAUCACCACCCCCACUUUACACUCGCCCAGAACAACCACCGGAAAUGGGUAUUGCCCCGAUAGGUGGAGCUACAACCACGAUUUUAGAACAGCAUGAAUCCAAAUCAGUAUCAUCGAAUGAAAAUGAAGAGGGAUCAAUAUCUUCUAUUUCGACAGUGACUGACGAUAUUAAUAAUGAGCCACCAUCGUCUCCUCC